ACCAGCGGCGUGGCCGGCAGCGGAAAAACCUUCUCGGUGCACAAGUUCACUCUGGACUGGGCCGAGGGCCUGGAGAACCAGGAUGUCAGUGUGCUGGUUGUUCUCUCCUUCAGGGAGCUGAACCUGAUCAGAGAGCGGCCGUACAGUCUUCUCACGCUGCUCCAUGUUUUCCAUCCGGCGCUCCAGAAGCUGACGGCAGAGGAGCUGGCUGUCUGCAAGCUGCUGUUCAUCUUUGACGGUCUGGAUGAAAGCAGACUUUCUCUGGACUUCAGCAGCAAACGGCGGCUGGUUGACGUCUCCCAGCAGUCUUCAGUCAGCCUGCUGCUCACUAACCUCAUCCGGGGGAAUCUGCUGCCCUCGGCUCGGGUCUGGAUCACUUCCAGACCUGCAGCGGCCAAUCAGAUCCCUCCAUCAUGUGUGGACAGACUGACAGAAGUGCGAGGCUUCACUGACGCCCAGAAGGAGGAGUACUUCAGGAGGAGGCUGAGUGACGAGGAGCUGAGCAGCAGAAUCAUCUCCCACAUCCAGACCUCCAGGAGCCUCCACAUCAUGUGUGGAAUCCCAGUCUUCUGCUGGAUCACUGCUACAGUUCUGGAGCACAUGUUGAGCAGCGAGCAGAGAGGAGAGCUGCCCCAGACCCUGACUGACAUGUACUCCCACUUUGUGCUGGUUCAGACACACAGGAAGAAGCUCAAGUACCAUGAAGGACCUGAGACGGGUCCACAGGAGCUGACGGAGGCUGACAGGGAGCUUCUUCUGAAGAUGGGCAGGAUGGCCUUUGAACAUCUGGAGAAAGGAAACAUCCUGUUCUACCAAGAAGACCUGGAGCAGUGUGGUCUGGAUGUGACUGAGGCCUCGCUGUUCUCUGGAGUUUGUACUCAGAUCUUCAAAAGAGAGUCUGUGAUCUUCCAGAAAGCCGUCUACAGCUUUGUCCAUCUGAGUGUUCAGGAGUUUCUGGCUGCAGUCUUCAUGAUCCACUGUUUCACCAACAGGAAGACAGACGAACUGAAGACCUUCCUGAGAGAGGACUGGGAACCAAAGACUCUUUCUGGAAAAGUGUUCAAGGUCUUUGGAUUUGAUGGUUCUUUCCCAUCUCUGGAUGAGUUCCUGAAGAAAGUCCUGCAGAAAUCCCUCAGAAGACAGAACGGCAACCUGGACCUGUUUGUCCGCUUCCUUCAUGGCCUCUCUCUGAAAUCCAACCAGAGACUCUUAAAAGGUCUGCUGGGUCGGACAGAGAUCAGUCCAGAAACCAUCCAGAGAGUCAUCCAGAACCUGAAGGAGAUCAACAGUGAUGAAAUGUCUCCUGACAGAAGCAUCAACAUCUUCCACUGUCUGAUGGAGAUGAAGGACCUCUCAGUCCAUCAGGACAUCCAGAAGUUCCUGAAGUCAGAGAACAGAUCAGAGAAACUCUCUGAGAUCCACUGCUCAGCUCUGGCCUACAUGCUGCAGAUGUCAGACCAGGUCCUGGAGGAGUUGGACCUGAAGAAGUACAACACAUCAGAGGAGGGACGACGGAGACUGAUCCCAGCUGUGAGGAACUGCAGGAAGGCUGAACUUUCUGACUGUGGACUCUCUGAUUCUCACUGUGAAGUGAUCUCCUCAGCUCUGAAGUCUGACCCCUCCCAUCUGAAACUUCUGGACCUGAGAUACAACAAGCUGCAGGAUUCAUCAGUGAAGAUUCUGUGUUCUGGACUGGAGAGUCCAAACUGUAACCUGGAGACUCUGAGGUUGAGGAGCUGCAGUUUGUCAAAGAUCAGCUGUUCUUCUCUGGUCUCAGCUCUGAAGUCCAACCCCUCCCUCCUGAAACAUCUGAAACUUCUGGACCUGAGUGAGAACCAGCUGCAGGAUUCAGGAGUUGAGCAGCUGUGUGGUUUUCUGGAGAGUCCACUCUGCAGUCUGGAGACUCUGGGGUUGAGGAGCUGCAGUUUGUCAAAGAUCAGCUGUUCUUCUCUGGUCUCAGCUCUGAAGUCCAACCCCUCCCUCCUGAAACAUCUGAAACGUCUGGACCUGAGUGAGAACCAGCUGCAGGAUUCAGGAGUUGAGCAGCUGUGUGGUUUUCUGGAGAGUCCACUCUGCAGUCUGGAGGCUCUGUGGUUGGAGAAAUGCAGUUUGUCAGAGAUCAGCUGUUCUUCUCUGAUCUCAGCUCUGAAGUCCAACCCCUCCCUCCUGAAACAUCUGAAACUUCUGGACCUGAGUGAGAACCAGCUGCAGGAUUCAGGAGUUGAGCAGCUGUGUGGUUUUCUGGAGAGUCCACUCUGCAGUCUGAAGACUCUGAGGUUGAGGAGCUGCAGGUUGUCAGAGAUCAGCUGUUCUUCUCUGGUCUCAGCUCUGAAGUCCAACCCCUCCCUCCUGAAACAUCUGAAACAGCUGAGCCUGAGUGGGAACCGUCUGCAGGAUUCAGGAGUUGAGCAGCUGUGUGGUUUUCUGGAGAGUCCACUCUGCAGUCUGGAGGCUCUGUGGUUGAUGAACUGCAGUUUGUCAAAGAUCAGCUGUUCUUCUCUGGCCUCAGCUCUGAAGUCCAACCCCUCCCACCUGAAGGAGCUAGACCUGAGAAUCAACAAACUGCGGGCUCCAGAUGUGCAGCAGCUGGUUGAUCUCCAGCAGAGUCCAGACUGCAGCCUGCAGACUCUGAGCUGGAAGAACUGAGAGCAGAGAGGAAGCUGUGUGUCCUGAAGAUCUACUGAGGAGAGCAGAGCUUCAUCCAGACUGAGUGACAGAGGAACCACCAGAAGAUCUGCUGAGUGUCAGUGGAGCAGUGUGAAGAGCUGAGAGAGUCCAGCAUCGAACCAGGGUUCCUCUGGGUGUGACACAGAACCAUCAGUGUGUGGACUGAACCUUCAGAGGACAAUGAGACUCUGUGACCUUCAGAGAGUGAACUGGUCUGUGUGGAGUUUCUCAGCUUCUGUAAAGUGGACCAGGAGCUGCUCAACACUCCAUCAAGCUGUUCACCACCUUCACCUCCAUCAGCUGAGGAUUUGUCCACAGCACAGAGAGUGAGCUGCAUGAACAGAGACACUUCCUGUUCCAGUCGGCUCUGACCGUGUCUUGAAAGUGAAAUGAAUCCUCCGCUGUGUGUCGGUCACACUGAGCGAUCUGCACCGUCACACACCGGUCAGCAGGCUGCUGCAGCUGCUUUGUACAGUGUGGCUGUGGCCGACUGGUCCCAUCAGGACUCAACAUGUCUCCUCUGAGAACCGUCCACAGCUGAUCGGGGAGGAUCAGGUUGCUCCUGCUGCUGCUCAACAUGAUCUCAGGUGGUCCACACUGUACAGAGUUUGAUAACUCAGCCUUUAAAACCACUUUCUGAGGUCAAAUUAAGUCAGACAGCUUUUUUUUUUUCAGGACCACCUCAAUUGUCACACUGUGUGUGCCUCACACACAUAACAAACUUCACACACACCUAUUUUAGCUCUCAUCCUAUUUCUAGUAGAGAUGGUCUGAUCUGAGAUUCUGGAUCAGUAUCAGAUCCAAUAUGGACCAAAACGGCUGCAUCAGAUAUCAGAAUGUUUGGUUCAGAAAAUGUCUGAAACACUCCAUGAGCCCAGACUGUCCAACAACAGUCCAACUUCACUUCGUUCCACAUGGAAACACAGCUGAGCUGCUGCUGUGAGCCUGAGUUUUCAUCUCUGAUCAGAACUGAGAGAAACUGGUGUCUGCUGUGUGAAUUAUUUUGUCAGGACUCAGUUGGUUUUAUGUUGUAAAAAGAAACAAAACAUGACUCCACUUCUUUCAUCAGAUGUGUUUCACUGUUGGCAGGUCAUUGACUUUUGUUAAUGUUUGUUGUUGCAUUCUUUGGACACAUGGUGGCAGUAAUUAGACAGGUUGUCCAUGUGGAGGUCAAAGGUCACGGGAAGAGGAGGGCACACAGUUGUAACCAGAGCAGGAACAGACGACCAGGACAAAGAUUUCCAACUGUCUCCAGGAAAACCCCGGUAUGAUCAUCAUCUGCUUUCAUCAAAUAAACCAUCAACUGAACUGCAAGUAGACUGACUGGAAGUUCUGGUUUUAGGUCUGUACUGGUUCACUGCUGCUCCACAUGUGUAGUCAUGGCAACAACUGGACUAUGGAACAUUGAGGAACACCGAGGAACCUUCAGCUCCUCCAAAGUUUCAUCAACAUGAAACCUUUUCUCAUUGAAGUUUGAAUGAAGGAAGCUGCAGAACCAGAGACCUCCUGCAGGGGGCAGCAGAGCUCCUGAACUGUGUUUUUAACAUGCAGUCUGACAGUGACCCACAGGGGGCGCCCUCAGUAUGCUGCAACCAGCAGCACGAUGGGAAACCACAGUGGGAGGAUGGAUGGACAGAUAGAUGAAUAAAUGAAAAUAUUUUGAUGAAUCCUUCAAACAAAUUAGUUGGAGAACAAAAGCAUUUCCAUGAAUAUUGACUGUGAAGACAGAGAUACAGAGAAGGAGAAGCUCUGUGGUGCAGUGGUUCACUCUCCUCUCACACUGAGACUGUUCUGGGUUUGAGUCUGUCAGCCUGAAAGAGCAGCAGGAAAUAUAACUACAGAUAAUAUUGUGCGUGUUGUGAAGAAAACUGUAUCCCAGCUGUUUGAUGCUGUUUUCAGAAUUCAUGGUUUCAAAUCAAUAUUGUUUUAUUUUUAUAGUUUCUGCUGAAAUGGUGAAAGUGACAUUGUAGUAAAACAUCCAAAAAGUAACUGAUACUUUGAGAAAAGUCCUUCAAUACUUGAAUUUAGAGAAGCUCUGAAUUUAGUUGUAAUCCAGCAGAAGUCAAGUCGUGCAACAGUCGUUGGACUUGAGUCCAUUUUCAUCUCUUUCAUCUCAGAGUUUCAUCAGCAGCUGGAUAAAUGUAGUGAUGAUGAGUGACUGUAACCUCAGCUGUGGAAGGAACUCAACAGGUCUCACAUUAAUCCAUUGCAUUAAUCACAUUAAUAAUUGUUGGUUCCAGUUCUGCUUUGACGCAUUAAUGUUACUGUUGUCAAUUAAAUGGACAGUGAAACUGCUGAAAAUCUAUAUCUCUAUUUAUCUCCCUUUCCCUCUCUUUUUAAGCAAACUUCUACUGAAAUGAACAUGAAAUUGGUUUAAUUUUCAUGAAAAUUGUUUUUAAUUUGAUCACAUCAUAUGAUCCCACGA